UUUCCAGUCAGUGCUGCCUCUUUCUAUGGAGACAAUCAGAUUCUCUAUACAAUUUACUGUUCCUCCGCAGUGAUUUCAAUGAAUUACCUUAAUCUAUGUGGGUCAUUUACAUCAGAUAUGUUGCCGCGUCUCUGCUGAAUAGUCUCCGGUGUGCCACCUCUCUUUCGGACGGCAGCAUCACGUUGGAUUUUAGCAGGGGCAGGACGGAGUUUGUUUUUUUCCCUUGUGUGGCACAUACAUUUUGACCGUACCUCAGGAAGUCGCGGCGGCAGGACAGAAACCGUACAAUGCAGAAACCGCAAAGGCAAACCAAUAAAGGAGGCAUUGAAAGGAGGGACUAGUUAAACCAGAGGACAGCUCAGGGGCAAGGAACUGCAUUCUCUUUCUCAUCAAAAGGAUAGCAGUUAAAGAACAACAAAAAAAAAUACAACUGAGAUCCAGAAUCCCCCUCAUGGCAUGGGGGAAUGACAUGAUUGCUGAUCUGAUUGGUGUACGCGCUGUCAAUCAUCUGUCCUUUGCAGCCUGAGGGCGGGAUUUGACCUUGGCUGUGGAAGGAGUGGAGGACUGUGAAUUCAACCAACUCUGCUAACCGCAGCUGGACCAUGUCACGGCUCAGAGGAACCCCAUGGAUACCACUCACCAUGGUUCAUCCGCUGGCUACUCCACGCCUUUUUACCUGGAUUGUGCUCGCAGCUGCUUGGCUAGCCAUUACACAGGCCCAGCAUCACCCUAUUGUCACGACAAACUACGGCAAGCUAAGAGGCUUGAAAACGGCUCUGCCCAAUGAGAUUCUAGGGCCGGUGGAACAGUAUCUUGGGAUUCCCUAUGCCCUCCCACCCACGGGGGAGAGAAGGUUUCAGCCCCCCGAGCCCCCCAUGUCGUGGCCAGGGAUUCGAAAUGCCACACAGUUUGCUCCCGUUUGUCCUCAGUUUCUGGAAGAUCGGUUUUUACUCAAUGAUAUGUUACCUGUAUGGUUCACCGCCAACUUGGAUACCGUUGUAACCUACGUACAAGAUCAAAGUGAAGACUGCCUGUACUUAAACAUUUAUGUUCCCACGGAGGAUGACAUCCAUGAUGAGAAUGGACUGAGGCCUGUUAUGGUUUAUAUCCAUGGUGGGUCCUACAUGGAAGGCACAGGUAACAUGAUUGACGGCAGCAUUCUGGCCAGCUACGGAAAUGUAAUCGUGGUGACCCUGAACUAUAGGCUGGGAGUGCUUGGGUUCCUGAGUACAGGUGACCAGGCAGCCAAAGGGAAUUAUGGGCUGUUGGACCAGAUCCAAGCACUCCGGUGGAUCAAAGAGAAUAUCCUGGCUUUCAAAGGCGACCCGAAAAGGGUGACUAUAUUUGGAUCAGGAGCUGGGGCGUCCUGUGUUAGCUUGCUGACCCUGUCACACUAUUCAGAAGAUUUAUUUCAGAAAGCCAUCAUCCAGAGUGGGACUGCUUUGUCAAGCUGGGCCGUCAACUACCAGCCAGCCAAAUACACCCGCAUACUAGCUGAGAAGGUGGGCUGCAAUAUGCUAGACACUAUAGAUCUGGUGGAAUGUCUACAGAACAAAAACUACAAGGAGCUGAUUGAACAGUACAUCACUCAGGCCAAGUACCACAUUGCUUUUGGUCCGGUUAUUGAUGGUGAUGUCAUCCCCGAUGACCCCCAAAUUCUGAUGGAACAGGGAGAGUUUCUCAACUAUGACAUCAUGUUGGGCGUCAACCAGGGUGAGGGUUUUAAAUUUGUGGAUGGCAUCGUGGACAGUGAGGAUGGUGUCUCUGCAAACGACUUUGACUUUGCUGUGUCUGAUUUUGUGGACCACCUCUAUGGUUAUCCAGAGGGCAAGGACACGCUUCGAGAAACCAUCAAGUUCAUGUAUACCGACUGGGCUGACAAGGAGAACCCGGAGACCAGGCGAAAGACUCUAGUUGCACUGUUUACUGAUCACCAAUGGGUGGCGCCAGCAGUAGCUACGGCGGACCUUCAUGCUCAAUACGGAUCUCCUACGUAUUUUUAUGCUUUCUACCACCACUGUCAGAGCGAAAUGAAACCUAGCUGGUCAGAUUCAGCACAUGGAGACGAGGUGCCUUAUGUGUUUGGAAUUCCCAUGAUUGGCCCCACUGAUCUCUUUAACUGUAAUUUCUCCAAGAACGAUGUCAUGCUUUCAGCGGUGGUAAUGACUUACUGGACGAAUUUCGCAAAAACUGGGGAUCCGAAUCAGCCAGUUCCACAAGACACCAAAUUCAUCCACACAAAGCCUAACCGCUUCGAGGAAGUGGCUUGGUCUAAAUACAACCCCAAAGACCAGCUCUACUUACACAUUGGAUUGAAGCCAAGGGUGAGAGAUCACUAUCGUGCAACUAAGGUUGCCUUCUGGUUAGAACUGGUACCUCAUCUUCAUAACAUCAAUGAACUCUUUCAAUACGUCUCGACCACGACUAAGAUACCUCCUCAGGAUACCACGCCAUUCCCGUACACCAAGAGACUAAGUAAAACAUGGCCGUCCACCACACGCCAUCCUGGUGUUCCUCCCGCCAACACCAAACAAACUACAGACCAGCGUAAAGGCAACGAUCUGGGCGAUGACUCUGCGGUGGUUAUUGAGACAAAGCGAGACUACUCCACUGAGCUCAGUGUGACCAUUGCGGUGGGUGCUUCUCUCCUGUUCCUCAACAUCCUGGCCUUUGCAGCACUCUACUACAAGAAGGAUAAGCGGCGACAUGAAUCCAACCGACGUGGGCCCAGCCCGCAGCGGAACUCUGCGGCAGCUACCGUAGCGGCGGCUAACGCUAAUGACAUAGCACAUUUGCAGAGUGAGGAGAUGAUGUCGUUCCAGAUGAAACAGCAGCAGAUGGAACACGAGCACCAUCAUGAGUGCGAUUCUCUGCCAGCCCGCGAUACACUUCGUCUUACCUGCCCAGCUGAUUACACACUUACUCUGCGACGUUCGCCUGAUGACAUCCCACUCAUGACACCAAGUACCAUAUCAAUGAUUCCUAACUCUCUGCCUGGAAUGCAGCCCCUGCACAAUUUUAACACGUUCGGAGGUAGUCAGAACAGUACCAACCUGCCCCAUGGGCACUCCACCACCAGGGUAUAACUUUGUGCUAUGCACUGAAAGAUCAGAACUAUAGGACAUGGUCUGCUAAGGCAUCGGGGGUUGAGUACAUUUGUUUGUCAUGGUGUCAAACUGUGCUGACUUUGUUCCACUCUGAGACUUACCUUGGUGGAUGAGAUGUUAUUUUCCUAUGAAGCCUUCUUGCAGAAUAUAUCAAAGUCAAAUAUGACCUACUUGUGAAAAAAAAUGAAUGUUACUAAAGUAAUACUUUAUUUGGAGUCAAGCUUGUUUAGGGCAAGGGACUUUACACCAAAAGAUGAGAACUCUUUCUGAAGGACUAUUUUGCUUGCGUAGACGACAUAUACUACAUAAACGACAGAGAGCUUGAAGGAUCUGACGAAGCUUUGUAUGUGCCAUACCAUAUGUCAUAUACCAAGAGCAACAAUGAGAGCAAUGUUAUUAUAAUAUAUUUCAGACGAACACAUUCAUAUUAUUUUCCGAGUGUUGUCACAUACCGAACCUGUGGACUGAACUGAAAAAUCCCAGCCUGAAAUGUAAUUAUAACAAAACUUUGUAAAGGUGACAAAAUGUAAAUACUUGUGAGUCAAAUACAAAUAUUAAAAUAAUUACAAAAGCUUUUACUGUUGUUUAGUUCAAAAUAUGACUAUUAUGAGCUUACGCUUUUGUUAAGGUGCGGUGUAAAUAUAUCAAUCAUUAUCUUUUCUUUUUCUUUUUGAAAUUGUCUGUGCUAAACAGCCUUUACACCUGAAAAAAUAAAUAAAGGACAAGACAGUAUUCUUAUUCCAAAGUCUCUAAAUAUCCAUUUCAGUCAUCUGAGUGUUCCUUUGUCCCAAUGUUUGAUGAAUAUUGCAUGUUUGAUUGCUGCUUUACAUUUGAUAACCCCAUACCUUGACCUCAUACAGAUAUUAAAAAUAAAAUGUUGCUUCUUAUUAAAUUACAGUGGUGGGUGAAGUUGCCUAUUCAAGCUGUUCAGAGAGUAGUUGUAAAGUUUUUUUUUUUUUUUUUUUUUUUUUUUUUUUUGUUGAUUUGAUGGAGGAAGGUGGAAUUGAUGUAAAUCAGGGCAACUUCUACCUACAACCAAUUUGUUUUACCUGCAUAAAUAUCUCUAUUUUUUACUACUUGUAUUUUUUUUUUUUUUUUUUUUUUUUUUUUUUUUUCUGUAUAAUCACUGCCUGAGCUUCAGAUGUGACCAGCAUUGUAUAAUUAAAAAAUAUCUAUAAAUAAAUAACACAGGCAGUGGAUUUGGGUAUCUAUAUUAGUUGGAUUUGUUUGUAAAGAAGUAUAUGUUAGAUAUUUCUAUUUGUAACAUGCUAGCAAUAUGUAAAGUAUUGUGCCAGGCUUGUGAUACUUUGGGUUAAAAUGUAAGUGAAUGAGUGUAAAUACAAAUAAUUAUGAUUACUAUAAAUACAAACAAAGGAAAAAAAAAAACUGAUAUUUUCCAGUUCUGCAUCCUAUAACAAAGAUGUUGAAAGCGCAAGAAAUAAUUUAAAAAUAAAUGAGUUUAUAAUGUUACAUUUGUAUAUUAAACCAGUUCAUGAUUCAUGUUAGCCCUUGGUUUGUUACCUGUCAGUACAACAAGGAUCAAAUGUAGGGUUCUAAAUAAUAGUUUGUCUUAUAUUGUUUGCAGUUUUUGCCUUAAGUGAUAGAUGAUAUUUCUGGCUGGACACCUGUAUAAAAAUUUUCUGCCGCAUUUUUAAUAAAAUAUCACAGUAUUUUCUAAAAA